UAUGGAUGUUUCAUGAGCGAAUGAAUGUAAAAACGAGACGUUUUGACAGCAUAGCGCUCAUCCGAGAGGGUUUUCCCGCCAGAAAAAAAGGGGAAAUUUAUGUCUUCAAAUCCAUCCCCACUCUUGCAAAAUACCCAUUCAUCGCCUGUGCCUGCAAGCAGUGGAACCAAGCACGACGCCAUCACGAGCCUCACAAACCCAAAGAUUGCCCUCUGAAACCCGGCUUUGUUCUUCCACCUCUCCGGCAAGCGGGCCAUGCCGGAAUCUUCCGUCCACGGCCGCCGGAGUCGUGCCAAAGGCCAGGAUGUUGCUGUCCGUGCAGAGGCCCUGGAACGCCUCAAGACCCUCCGUAGAUCUGGAGGGCGGCGGUCCGCUGCUGGCGUCGGCUUUCAGAUCAAAAUGGAGGAGCCAAUCUACGACACAGUCGAAGAGGACGACUACGAUGCCCUUGUUGCCCGCCGACGUGAAGAUGUAGGGGGGUUUAUCGUCGACGACGAUGGCCUCGGAUACGCUGACGACGGUCAUGAGGUGGAUUGGUCGAACCCUAGCCUCGCUUACUCCUCUGACGAGGAAUCUUUAGAAGGCCAAGAGGAGAAACAAAUUAAGAAGAAAGCGGCGAAGAAGAAGGAGAACGCGGUUAAGAAAGCACCACCUUCUUCUCUAUCGGCUGCGGCCUCGCUGAUGGGAAAGCAGCGGCUUUCUUCGAUGUUCACUUCUUCGGUCUUUAAGAAGAAUGAUCGGGCGAAGGGGCCUCCAGUUUCCUCCGAUAGUUUAAUUGACGAUCUUAUUGCUGAGUUCGCUCCGGACGAGACCGAUCGAGAGAAGAGGCGAAGGGGCUCUGCCACGGGACCACGAAGUUCUGCCUUACCUUCUAUUGUACCGAUCAAGUCGGAGAUGAGUCUUAUCCUAGUACCCGAAUCGGCUUCCAAUGCUGAAUUCAUGGCGCAGGUUCAGGAUAAUGACAAUGAGGAUUACGGACAAGAUGCUACAAUAGACGAGAAGGAUGCGUGCAUACAAUUCGUGGUCGAAGAGGGGGAGACGGCUAAAUUAGUUGCGGGUAAGGCAAGCAUCAGCGAGGACGUGGAAGCAGAAGCAAGAUCCAACGAUAAGGGCUUUUCACUGAACGCAAAGAUAAAGAAGGAAGACGAAAAAAUUGUGGCUAGUGCCACUGCUGGGUGGAAGGCAGUCUGCAGCGAAGAAGGAUGUGGUGUAGGGAUUAAGGUUGAAUCGAAUGGAAAUGUGGACGAGAAGUCUGAGUUUGAGCUAGAUUCUGAUGGAUCUUUGCCUUUCUAUAUAAUCGAUGCUCACGAGGAAUCUUAUGGUGCCAAUAUGGGAAAUUUAUAUCUUUUUGGGAAGGUUAAAGCAGCUGGUACAUAUCAUAGUUGUUGUGUGGUCGUAAAGAACAUGCAGAGAUGUUUGUAUGUUAUCCCUAGGAGCUCUGUGUUUCCUAACGACAAAGUAGCAGACAUUGAGAGAAAUUUUCCGGAUUCUCCUUCAGCUUCUCGUGGAGCUCUCCAAGAGAUGGCAUCCGAAUUGAAAAAUGAAAUAACAGAAAGAUUGUUGGAUCUUAACGUUUCAGCAAUUUCCAUGCUGCCUGUUAAGCGUGGUUAUGCAUUUGAGCGCGGUGACAUACCUAGAGGACAAUAUUAUGUCGUUAAGGUCAGAUAUCCAUUCAAGGAUCCACCUCUCCCAGCAGAUCUCAAGGGUGAAAACUUUAUUGCACUACUAGGGACUCAGUGCAGUGCUCUGGAGCUGUUUUUAAUUAAAAGGAAAAUUAAGGGCCCCUCCUGGUUAUCAAUUUCAAGGUUUGUCAGCAGCACAGCUUCUGAAAAGGUCAGCUGGUGCAAAUUUGAAGUUGUGGUUAAUUGCUCCAAGGAUAUAGCUGGCUGUAGCUCAAAUAAUUUUAUGGAAAUUCCUCCAGUAAUAGUCGCGGCAAUAAACCUAAAGACUAUCAUCACCGAGAAAAAUGCUAAUGAAAUUGUCUCAGCAGCUGUGGUCUGUUGUCACAAGGCAAAGGUUGAUGGCCCAAUGAUGGCUUCUGAAUGGAAAAGAAAGGGAAUGCUUAGCCAUUUUUCUAUCAUUCGAAAGCUUGAUGGAGAUAUAUUCCCAAUCGGUCUUCAAAAAGAGGUUGCUGAUAGAAACUCAAAGGCUGGCACAAAUAUAUUGGCAUUAGAAAGCAGUGAAAGAGCCUUGUUAAAUCGUUUGAUGAUUGAACUCCAUAAAUUGGAUUGCGAUGUGCUUGUUGGACACAACAUUUCUGGUUUUGAUCUUGAUGUUCUUCUCCAUCGAGCACAGGCUUGUAAGGUACCUAGCAGCAUGUGGUCUAAGUUAGGCCGUCUCAAGCGUUCUAUGAUGCCUAAGCUUACUAAAGGGAGUGUGCUUUAUGGAUCUGGAGCUAGUUCAGGAAUCAUGUCCUGCGUUGCAGGACGACUUUUAUGUGAUACCUAUUUGAGUUCUCGAGAUCUCUUGAAGGAGGUAAGCUAUUCGUUGACACAACUCGCGAAAACUCAACUUAAUAAAGAUAGGAAGGAGAUUAACCCUCAUGAUAUUCCUGUGAUGUUCCAAACAUCAGCUGCACUGCUUCAAUUGGUUGAAUAUGGAGAGACUGAUGCUUGGCUAUCUCUGGAACUUAUGUUUUAUCUGAGUGUUCUUCCCUUGACAAGGCAGCUAACAAACAUCAGUGGCAAUCUCUGGGGAAAAACUCUCCAGGGCGCACGAGCACAACGGGUGGAAUACUUAUUAUUGCAUGCUUUUCAUGCAAAAAAGUACAUGGUGCCUGACAAAUUUUCUGCUCGAAGAAUUGAGUCAACUACAAAUAAAAGAAAAAUAACAGCUGGUUUGGAUGGUGAGGAUGCUGAUGACUUAAAUUACGCUGCCCUUGAUAUUGAAAGUCAUGUUCAUGGAAAAGGGAGAAAAAGCCCUGCAUACUCUGGUGGGUUAGUUUUGGAACCUAAGAAGGGUUUAUAUGACAAAUACAUAUUACUUCUGGACUUUAAUAGCCUUUACCCUUCUAUUAUUCAGGAGUACAAUAUUUGCUUUACUACAGUUGAAAGGCCCAGUGAUGAUAUAGUUCCAAAUUUACCAUCAUCCAAGAAUGCUGGGAUCUUACCUGAGUUGUUGAGAAACCUGGUUGAAAGGAGAAGAACAGUAAAGAAAUUGCUGAAGAAUGCUUCUGGUGUCAAAGUACAACAACUUGAUAUCCAACAGCAAGCGUUGAAGCUAACUGCUAACAGUAUGUAUGGUUGUUUGGGCUUUUCCAAUUCAAGAUUUUAUGCAAAACCAAUUGCAGAGCUCAUAACUUCACAAGGAAGAGAGAUUUUGCAGAGCACCGUGGAUCUGGUCCAGAACAACCUGAACCUAGAGGUGGUUUAUGGAGAUACAGAUUCUAUCAUGAUCUAUAGUGGGUUGGAUGACAUUUCUAAAGCUAAAGCAAUUGCGGCCAAAGUCAUUCAAGAGGUUAACAAGAAAUAUCGUUGUCUGGAGAUUGACCUUGAUGGCUUAUACAAGAGAAUGCUUCUUCUUAAGAAGAAGAAAUAUGCUGCUGUUAAAGUACAAUUCAAGGACGGAAUAGCCUAUGAGGCUAUUGAACGCAAGGGUCUUGAUAUGGUUCGGCGUGAUUGGAGUCUGUUAUCAAAAGAAAUAGGUGAUUUCUGUCUCAACCAGAUAUUAUCUGGAGGGACUUGUGAUGAUGUUGUCGAGUCAAUUCAUGGUUAUCUGAUGAAGGUGCAAGGAGAAAUAAGGAAGGGAGAGGUUGCACUUGAAAAGUUCGUUAUCACAAAGAGCUUAACAAAACCACCUGAAGAUUAUCCAGAUGCUAAAAACCAACCUCAUGUGCAGGUGGCUCUAAGAUUGAAGAAAAAUGGCUACUCCUCUUGUUCGGCUGGUGACACAAUCCCUUAUGUUAUUUGCUGUCAGCAGGACGUUUCUUCUGGUUCCUCCAGUGGAAUAGCACAAAGAGCCAGGCAUCCCGAGGAACUGACAAGAGACAAUGGUGAAUGGAUGAUCGACAUUGACUAUUACUUGUCACAACAGAUUCAUCCUGUAGUUUCACGUUUAUGCGCUUCCAUUCAAGGCACCAGCCCAGCAAGACUAGCUGAUUGUCUUGGGCUUGAUUCGUCAAAGUUCCAACACAAGUCAUCGGAUGUUGGCAGUAAGGAUUCUUCAAACGAAAUUCUGUCUGUAAUAAAUGAUGACGAGAGAUAUCAUGGCUGCAAGCCACUCCGGUUAUCAUGCCCAAGCUGCUCUAGUUCGUUUGACUGCCCUCCUGUAUCAAGCUUCUUUUCUUCCAGGAGCAAUGAAAGCACCUCUGAUUCCCAGGCUGAAUUGAAAUCAGAUGUAAAUUUUUGGCACAGAAUGCGAUGCUCGAGAUGCCCUGAUGAUGUUGAUGGUUGCAAAAUAACACCAGCAAUGAUAGCUAAUCAGGUGAAGAGGCAGGCAGAUUAUUUCAUCUCCUUGUACUAUAAAGGCCUGAUGACGUGUGAUGAUGAGAUGUGUAAAUACACUACACGAGGCUUGAACCUUAGAGUGAUAGGUGAAUCUGAAAGAGGAACUGUCUGUCCAAAUUAUCCUCGCUGCAACGGUCGUCUUGUGAGACAGUACAAUGAGGCAGACUUGUAUAGGCAACUUUCUUACUUUUGCUAUGUUCUGGAUGUUGCAAGGUGCAUUGAGAAGCUGGAUAAAAAGUUCAUUGCAGAGUUUGAGAAGGAUUUUCCAGUCAUCGUCCAUUCUGCGGUUGAUCUUGGACUACCGGUGAUACAGAAGACCCGAGAUCGAUGUGCCUAUGGUUGGGUGCACCUGAAGGAUUUAAUCGUGUCGGUCUGACUCGGCAUGCAUUUGGCCCUGUUUCAUGCCUGUAAACUAUUUAAUUUUAUUAUCAAUAAGUCACUAAAUGAGUCUG